CGACGAUGCACCGCCUGCUUCCACACCUUCCGCACGAGGCCGUGCCCCUCGACGCGCUCCUCGAUAUGACUUCGGACGACGACGAGUCCCUCAACGAGGCCGACCUUCUGGGCCCUGCGACGCCGCUGGACUUCCUGGACCCAUUCGUGGACGCGACCAAGAGCCGCCGCCUCUGCCGAGCGAGCGGCUGCGAGAAACGAUCGCGCUCCCACGGUCUCUGCAUCGCGCACGGCGGCGGGCGUCGUUGCGCCGCCGAGGGCUGCCCGCGGUCGAGCCAAGGGGGCAACUUUUGCAUCAAGCAUGGCGGUGGCAAACGCUGCAAGAUCCAAGGGUGCAACAAAGCGGCCCAGUCGGCGAUGCUCUGCAAAGCCCACGGCGGCGGCCCGCGCUGCGUAGCGCCCAACUGCCAACGGAGCUCCCAAGGUGGCGGCUACUGCCGAUCGCAUGGCGGCGGCAAGCGAUGCACCGUCGAUGGCUGUGAGAAAGGCGCCCAGCGCGGUCAGUUUUGUACUCUCCACGGCGGCUCGCGGCUCUGCGUUGUGGUCGGCUGCAUGCGCAACGACCGCGGUGGCGGCCUCUGCGCGACGCACGGCGGCGGCAAGCGCUGCUCGUUUGAUUCUUGCAGCCGUCCGUGUCGACGCCACGGCCUCUGUGCCAUGCACCUUCGCCUUGCAGGCCCAAGUGCACCGACCACACCACCUCAACUACCCGUGUGA